AUGCCGACUGUUCACCUACUCGACUACGUCGCGGGCAACGUCCGCUCUCUCGUCAAUGCCAUCGAGAAGGUUGGCUACACCGUCGAAUGGGUCAAGACGCCCGCCGACGUCCCCUCCGCCGAGAAACUUAUCAUUCCUGGCGUCGGCCAUUUCGGACACUGUCUCUCCCAGCUGGAGAAAGCUGGCUACGCCGACCCGAUUCGCGAACACAUCAAGUCAGGGAAACCGUUCAUGGGAAUAUGUGUGGGCAUACAGGCCUUGUUUGAGAGCUCAGAGGAAGAUCCCCAGGUCAAAGGUCUAGGUGUUAUUCCUGGGCGACUACGCAAGUUCAAAGACACAGACAAGAGCGUACCCCACAUCGGAUGGAACAGCGCAAACACAUCGCGCACCGGCGGAGUCACGGAUGACUCAUUAUACGGACUGCGACCGACUUCCAAGUACUACUAUGUCCACACAUACGCUGUGCCAUACGAGGAGGGCAAGUUGGAGAAGGAAGGCUGGACCGUCGCAACCGCACGAUACGGUGACGAGGAAUUCGUUGGUGCAGUAGCCAAGGGGAACGUCUUCGCCACGCAGUUUCACCCUGAGAAAAGUGGUGCUGCCGGCCUACGCGUACUGAAGGCCUUCUUAGAAGGAAAUAUGUGGCAGAAACUCCCAGAGAAGCCAUCGGCGGCUGAGACGAAAGAAGGACUGACACGACGCGUCAUCGCGUGUCUUGACGUACGGACAAACGACCAGGGCGAUCUCGUAGUGACAAAAGGUGACCAAUACGACGUCCGCGAGAAGGAGGGAGCCGGGAAUGCAGUGCGCAACCUGGGUAAACCUGUCGAAAUGGCCAAGAAAUACUACGAACAAGGCGCCGACGAAGUCACCUUCCUGAACAUCACAUCCUUCCGUAACUGCCCCGUAGCCGACACACCUAUGCUCGAAAUCCUGCGCCGAACCAGUGAGACAGUCUUCGUUCCCCUGACAAUAGGCGGAGGCAUACGCGAUACAGUAGACACAGACGGAACCAAGAUCUCCGCCUUGGACAUUGCAACCAUGUACUUCAAGUCUGGCGCCGACAAAGUAAGCAUAGGCUCUGAUGCCGUGACCGCAGCCGAGGAAUACUACGCGCGAGGUAGCAAGCUAGCAGGUACCACUGCCAUAGAAGCCAUCUCCUCUGCAUACGGCAACCAAGCUGUCGUCAUCAGCGUAGAUCCAAAACGCGUAUACGUCUCCUCACCAGACGCCACACCCCACCACACUAUCAAGACCUCGACUCCUGGACCCAAUGGCGAGGAGUACUGCUGGUACCAAUGCACCAUCAAGGGCGGGCGCGAGGGCCGCGACUUUGACGUCCGACAACUCGUCACUGCAGUAGAAGCCAUGGGCGCUGGAGAGAUUCUGCUAAACUGCAUAGACAAAGAUGGAAGUAACAGUGGAUUUGACACUGAGCUCAUCAACGAUGUCAAGAACGCGAUCAAGAUUCCUGUCAUCGCAAGCAGUGGCGCGGGACACCCAGGCCAUUUCGAAGACGUCUUUGCAAAGACAAAGACUGAUGCUGCGUUGGGCGCUGGAAUGUUCCACCGAGGCGAAUACACAGUCAAGCAAGUCAAGGACCACCUCCAAGAAAAGGGACAAGUCGUGCGGCCGUUUGAGGAUGACAUCUAA